UUUCAUCCUCUAAACAUGAGUGUUACGGCGUUCGAUGACCAGUAUGAAGACUGUACAAAAGAGAUGGAGAGUGAAGUCCUACAGGGCCUACUUGCUAAAGAAAAAAAAGCUGUCCCAAUAUUUGGAAAAACUUGGGAUAAGGCAGUAGAAACAUGGAAGAAUAAGAAAUGGAGUUUACCAGAUGGUAUCCGAAAAGAGUAUGGAUUUGCCAUCACCGCUUAUACUGACAACAACUUUUAUAAGGAUUUCCACAAAGCAGUGAAAGAUUAUAAAGGCUGGGAUCAGUUCCCUUACCAUUCUAUGCACUUCUUACUGACACGGGCCUUGGUUCUGCUUAGAACGGGCUGUCCAAAGACAACAACAUUGUUCAGAGGGGUGAAAGACAUAUGUUUUAAACAGAAAAAAGGGACUGAGAUCAGAUUUGGCCAAUUUGCCUCUUCAUCUACGAGUAAAAAAGAAGCAGAGAAGUUUGACAAAGACACUUUCUUCAAUUUAACCAGCUGCUUUGGCGUAUCAAUUAAAAAUUAUUCUUAUUUUCCAUAUGAAGAAGAGGUCCUGAUACCAGUAGAUGAGGUUUUCAAAGUGACCAGUUUUACAGAAGAGGGAGGUCAAACCAGAUUUGUCCUUGCAACAACAGAAAAGAGAUGUCACAACUACAACUGUAACUACAUGAAUAAAGGUUAG